GCAACAAUGUUCUAGGUUAUUCUAGGUUAAAUUGUCUAGGCUUGAACAAUAUUUAUGUGCGCGAUUGCUCCGAUGUAGUUCACGCGACGAAAUGAAUAUUGUCCUGACGAAGGAGUGUCCAAUCGUGACCGAGGAAUGCAAUGACACCAAACGAACUUACGUCAAGCAGGAGUCUACCAUCAACUUCGGAUAUGAUGCCACCUCGUAUGCCAAUUAUACGCCGUCGUCGUCGUCCACACCCUCCACUAUCGCUCAGCCUCUACCCGGGCAACCACCCUUGCCCCCCAUGCCUCCGCCGCCCAGCGGAGUCCCACCUCCGCCACAUAUAUUCGGACCAGUGCCUUCCCAAAUGACCCCCAUUCAAGCGUGGACACAUCCCCCGUGGCAAUGGAUAACGUCACAAGCGUCUUUGCCACCUCCAACUCCACGUGAGAUUACUAACACGAUUCCAAGGGAAAUGCCAUUGCGGGGUAAUUACGUUCGUCACGAAAGGUUCGCGCACAAUAGAAGCAACAUGUACGUCCAGAGAAAUAAUUUUCAUCGUAAAAAUAAGAGGCCGAUGCGUUUCGGACAGCCGCAGGGUCAAUUUGAUCAAAAUACGUAUUUUGGAGCAGCUUUGACAGGUAGUCUCGGUUUGGAGUGGCAGAGAAAUAAUUAUGCCGCGGCGACGAACGAUGCUAUAAUAAACCACAUGACCGUUCCUCUGUCUUCCCAUUCCAUACCUUCCAUUUCAGCAGGAAUUGUUAGCAGCAGGCAUGGCGAGGAGACGGAGGAUCAGGAUGUAAAAAUUGAGAAGGUAGUAAAGAAGAAUAAACAGAGGAAGCCAAUGUCUCAGAGCUAUCCCAGUAAGCCAUGGAACAGAGAGGAUGCAGAGAGGGCUCUAAUGACUGAAAACGAAUAUAAUAUGAAGAAUAAAGUUAACGCGCAGAGUUUAAUAAUUAAGUUUCCCGAUCCGGAUUUAAAUAAGGACAUUGUUAGAUUAUUUCAUUCUGGUAUACGAAAUAUACAUUUUCAAAAUCCGAGCGGUCCGAGAUAUUGCUUCAUUCAAAUGGCAAAGAGUGUCAAUAUUGAUGAUGCUAUAAAAGAAUUGGAGAAAAUCAAGUUUGGUACGGGAUAUCUAAAAGUCGAGAAAAAGGCGGUGAGAAACGAGGAUGUUCGAAAUACGAAGCCUGAAGACAUAAAUCCAUAUAAUUUGUACAUAGGAAAUUUGCCCACGUUUGUUAAAGCAAACGAAAUAAAAAGCAAGUUUCCGAAGGCAAGAGUAGAUGUAUCAAGAGCACGGAAGUUAAAGAACACGCAAUUUGCUUUCAUGAGAUAUAAUAGUGUAGACGACGCGAUAGCAGAUUACAAAAAAGCGUAUGGUCUAAUGUGGGAUACGAGGAGUAUCAUCGUUAAAUUUAGACGGAAGGAAGGUAAUGCUUAUCUUCCCGAAGAACUUAAACCUGACGUUAAGAAAGUUAAAGAGGAGCCAGAGAAUGCCGCACAAAUGGAAAAGGAACAGAAUCAUAUUGAACUCAAACCUAAUCUUAACAAAUCAAAAGAGGAUAAAAAUAGCAAUGGUCAAACGAAAGAAGAUAAAAUUAAUCACGCGGAUAAAUCAUCGACAAAUCAAGAUAAUGUAGAAGCGCGAUUACAAGAUAGUGCUAGUAAAACACAAAAUAAAUCGGCUUCGCAAGUUCAGGAAAAUACAAACUCUCAUUCCGCUUCAUUGCCAGCUUCAAUCACGUCAGCCAAAACGAUGCAAGAGCAACAACAAUCCUGGGCUGAAGUACCUUCAACAUCGGAAGAUCCAGCACAGGCCGGAACUACCGAGGAACCGAUAAUGCUUACACGAAUUAAAGAAGAACCCAUAGAUUACGAUGACUUGGACAUGUGUAACAUGCAGUCGGAUGACGACGAUGAAGAGCCGGAUGAUACCGACGAUGACGAGGAGACGGAUGAUACCGACGAUGAUGAGGAAGAUUUCGCAAAGGAUACCGAUGAUGAUGGAAAUACAGAAUUUACAGAAUCAUCGAAAACAGUACGAGAGAACAAAGACGAACCAACGGAUCACCUUGAUCAAAUAUUCAGCGAAUUGGAAAAUAUGACGAGCGAUAUUAAUUUUUUGAAACAAUGAGUGAGUUACAAUACGCACCGUCAUAUGUAAUAAUCGAGAUUUUUUAUGAUGUAAUCUAGGGAUGUGCGAAUCAAAGUUUUUUAAUGCCGAAUCAAAUUGUUGAAACAUAACUUUCUAAUUAACAUUUUAAUUAUUGUUAGGUUGAAUUUUUAUAUGUGAAUA